CCCCAAACGUAGCUCCAAUGGUUCCCUUCCUUCCUCUCAUCCUCCUCCUCCUCUCGCCGGAAAUUGUGUCGCUGGGACUGUCUAAUCCGACUUGUGCCCCGAUGCCUCCGGUCAUCGCGAUUCCCAUAUUUCGCUUAGAUGUCGAUCUCCUGCAGUUUGCCUUGAACUUGGAACACAUAGAGGCUGACUUCUUCCUCUUCGCCGCUCUCGGGAGGGGGCUCGAUUCCAUCGCACCGGAGCUGGCCAUGGGCGGUCCGCCUCCUAUCGGUGCCAGGAAAGCAAACCUUGACGAGACCACAAGGCUCUUCAUCGAGGAGUUUGGUUACCAAGAAGUUGGCCAUUUGAGGGCUAUCAAGACUACUGUAGGUGGGUUCCCGAGGCCUCUGCUGGACUUGAGUUCACACAACUUUGCAAAGAUCAUGAAUGAUGCAUUUGGGUACCAUCUCGACCCUCCAUUUGAUCCCUACAUCGACACCAUCAACUUCCUCCUGGCUUCGUACGUGAUACCAUACAUGGGCCUUGUGGGUUACGUAGGGGCAAACCCUAACAUCAACGGCUACGUCUCAAAAAGACUUCUGGCGGGAUUAUUAGCCGUGGAAGCCGGCCAAGAUGCAAUCAUCAGAGAUCGGCUGUACCAGCACAUGCACGAAUUCGUGCCGCCGUAUCGAAUCACGGUCGCCGAGUUCACCGACCGGAUCUCCGCCCUGAGGAACCGGCUGGCGAUGUGCGGCAUCAAGGACGAAGGCCUCCUCGUCCCGCCGGUGCUUGGCGCCGAGGGAAGGAUCGCCACCAACGUAAUCUCCGCCAACCGCAACUCCCUCGCCUACCGGCGAACGCCCGCCGAGGUGCUCAGGGUGGUGUAUGGAACCGGUAACGAGCAUCAGCCCGGCGGUUUCCUCCCCAAAGGAGGCAACGGAACGAUCGCCAGAGAACUGUUGGCUCCGUAGGGGAAUCCUCGUUUCUGCAUGCAUAGGCAGUCCGAGGGGUUUCGAUGUUGCUGUCGUACUUGACAUAAGAAGAUAAAUGUAUUGAUUGUCCACCAUGAUGUAUGUUGUUAUUAUGAUGUAUUGGAUAUACUCGAA